UUUGCUCUUUCCUAUCUGAAUAAUCAAUGAUUGGUUCGUUUCAUCGACUGUCUAUCCGAUAGAUCGACGACCACAGAGAACGAGAAAGAUCGCGAUUCGAGGGAAAAAUAUACAUAUCCGAUCUAAAGUUCCGCGAUCCAACUUCGAAAAGAUAUCCGGCGCGUGUAAUCGUUUACAAAGCCAACCAUUUGCAAAAGUGUCCCCGCGCCGUUGUCUUCGCUGUCGCGUAAGGUCGUCGUAACUUUAUUCCAUCCUGUAUGCUAUGCCAGACAACUUCGGACCAUUACGGGCUACAUUAUACCGCCUCACAACAGAGACUGCCACCGAAUUUCUCGUUGACUUUUUGCAACAGUGACUUUGAAGAAUGAAGUGGUAUCUCGUGAUCUUUAUUUGCAUGCUUUCUGCUAGCGCUGUUCGCGCAAGCACUAUAAUAGGAUUCGCAAGAAUGAUAGACAUUAAUAUAAAGGACGUACGACAAUGCGUAUACCAGAGCAACUUAACCGAUAAGGACAUGAUGAAGUUGGACACUGCUUUUCGUAAUGUGAACGUAUCGGUAGAAAGCCUCGACGAGUUUCAGUUGAACCUCGGUUGCUUCAUUGUGUGCAUUCUGGACAAAGCUCACCUUAUGGAAAACAAUGACAUUCUGCUGGACAUUUUAAUAGAAACAGCGGAGCGGAACGAUUUCCCCGUGGAUGAAAUUACGAAACAAAAAUUAAACGAGUGCUUCGAGUUGGCGACAGAACAGGACGAUCAAUGCAAGCGUGGAUAUGUCUUUGCAUUUUGCUUCAUAAAUCAGUGAUACAAAGUAUAAUAAAGACAAAA